AACUCCUCCACCACCACCAUCACCACCACCUCCUUCACCUCCUUCACCUCCACCUUCUUCCACCACCUCCUCCACAAUCUCCUCUACCCCUACCCCCUCCUCCAUCUCCACCACCACCAUCCGUUCGCAGUCGUGGAGCCAGAGUGCGAGAAGAGCUCGGCCACCACCUACUUCUGGUACCGCCAGACGCUGAACACCACCAGCACCAUCGCGGAGAGCGGAGGGCUGAACGUCAAGAUGACUGUGUCUCUGCUGGUGGCCUGGAUCAUCGUCUGCCUGGCCGUCAUCAAGGGCAUCGCCUCCUCUGGCAAGGUGAUGUACUUCAGCUCCCUGUUCCCCUACGUGGUGCUCUUCUGCUUCCUGGUCCGCGGGCUGAUGCUGAAGGGAUCGGUGGACGGCAUCGCCCACAUGUUCACUCCUAAGCUGGAGAAGAUGCUGGAGCCACAGGUGUGGCGGGAGGCGGCCACUCAGGUCUUCUUCGCCCUGGGCCUGGGCUUCGGAGGGGUCAUCGCCUUCUCCAGCUACAACAAGAUCGACAACAACUGCCACUUCGACGCCGUGCUCGUGUCCGUCAUCAACUUCAUGACGUCCAUCCUGGCCACCCUGGUGGUGUUUGCCGUGCUGGGCUUCAAGGCCAACAUCAUGAAUGAGAAGUGUGUCACGGAGAACUCUGAGAAGAUCCUGGGCUACCUCAACGCCAACGUGCUCAGUCACGACCUCAUCCCGCUGCACGUCAACUUCUCCCAGAUGACCGUGGCGGACUACGCCGAGGUGUACGGCGUCAUCAAGACCGUGAAGGAGGGGGGCUUCGCCGACCUAGGUCUGGAUCAGUGUCUCCUGGAGGACGAGCUCAACAAGUCGGUGCAGGGAACAGGCCUGGCCUUCAUCGCCUUCACCGAGGCCAUGACCCAUUUCCCAGGGUCCCCCUUCUGGUCGGUGAUGUUCUUCUUCAUGCUCAUCAACCUGGGCCUGGGCAGCAUGAUCGGCACCAUGACUGGCAUCACCACGCCCGUACUGGACGCCUACAAGGUCAAGAAGGAGUACCUCACCGUGGGCUGCUGCAUCGUGGCCUUCUUCUGCGGCCUGCUGUUCGUCCAGCGCUCGGGGAACUACUUUGUCACAAUGUUUGACGACUACUCAGCCGGCCUGCCCCUCACGGUGGUGGUCAUCCUGGAGAACGUCUCUGUUGCCUGGAUAUACGGCACCAAGAGGUUCAUGCAGGACCUGGAGGACAUGCUGGGCUUCCGGCCGUACUCCUUCUACUUCUACAUGUGGAAGUACGUGUCUCCCCUGUGUCUCAUCGUCCUCAUCACAGCCACCGUCAUCGAGAUGGCCAUCAGCCCGCCGGGCUACAACGCCUGGAUCCAAGAGCUGGCCCAGGAGCGCUUCGAGAGCUACCCCCCCUGGGCGCUGGGCAUGUGCUACGCCCUGAUCUUCGCGGCGCUGCUGCCCCUGCCCGUGGUCUUCAUCGCCCGCCACUUCAACCUGAUGUCGGACGGCUCCAACAAGCUCUCCGUCUCCUACCGCAAGACCAUGAUGAAGGAGAUGUCCAGCCUGGAGACCCCCGACGAGAGCCACUUCAUCCUCACCAAGCCGGGGGAGGCUCCGCCCCCGCUGCCCCCGCACCGGGCCCUCCUGGCCCCCGGGGGCAAGCCCCUGGACCCCAACUCGCUGUCCCCCAAGAGCUGCUACGGAACGGGCUACCAGAACGCCGCCAUCAGCAGCCCCGGCACGCCCAUCACCCCCGAGUCGGACUCCUGAUCCGUCCCCGUGAUGAUGUCACUUCCUGUCGUGUAAAAUACAUACUCUUUGGUUGCUCUUCCCAGACCCCCCCCCCCGCCCCCCCAUACCCUCACUUAUCGAUCACAUAGUCUCCACUGGGGUUCUCCACAGGUUAGCGCAGAGACCCUUACCAACGCCUACACAUGUGGGAAUUACCUCACUUAAUAACAUAACGUUCACUGUAGCUGGAGGUGGGGCUUUCACUGUACAGCAGUAUAACAGUAACCUAAGAGGGCCAAGCGAAUAACAUGAAUGUCAGAUGCGAUGGGAAUCAGAUUUAGGGACAUUUCGGACUACAUGGAAUGUUAGAAGUGACGUAUUUGUCUUGUAGUGUAGUAUUUAGUGGUAGUAGUGUUUGAGUUACAAAGUGUUACCAAGGUAUAUUAAUAAUACUUAAUUGUUCCUUCCAGUAUCGUCCAUCCUGAUAAGCACAUGGGAUUCCAGAGGAAGGGAACUUCUAACCAACAAGGUUAUCAUUGACUAUUCAUAGUAUAGGAGCUAUACAGAGUUCGGUGUGAGUCAACUAGUUGAGUUGAGGUUUAACCCUCAAAGGCCCUCAAAGUCAUGUCAACGUAUAACCAUAGGUUCAUUUGUGUUGACGUAUUAGGCAGUGGUUCCAAUGUCUGCAAUAGCAAUAUUGUGCAUAUCUAUUCCAUGUUCAAACCUUGACGAUGCACUGCACUAGGAGAAGCGUGUAAUGGGUUACUAUGUUGGGCUAAUGGAGAGACAUUGCGUCGUUGAUCUUCUCUCUCUCUCUCCCUCUCUCCCUCUCUCUCUCUCACGAUGCUGCUACAGUGUGUAGAUAUGAGGUCAUACUUCAUACGUAGCUUUUCCGGUCUGACCACCAGAGUCGACAAAAGUGUAAAUAGUAAUAUGUGAAAAUAACCCUUUGGUCUCACAGGUACAUCAGAAAAACAAAACAAUAGAUGAGCUGCAAAAAACAUAAAUAAUUUUCAAGAUGUUCUGGUAGAAAACAAGUAUUAAUAUUAAUAAUAUCAAAAUAAAUUGUAUGAAUAUACCAUAUUUUGUGCGAAAAAAAUAUUCACAAAGCUGUUGGGAAACAUUUUUGGUCAGAUAGCACAAAUAAUACACGGCACAACUAUUGCUGACCACCAACUGAAGUGUUUCAGUUUGUUUUGCAACUAUUGCCUGCAAAAGACAUAUUUGAUUAUUGUGGGCACACAUUUAUACCCCACAAAAUAUUAUUAAAAUGAAGCCCAUACUACAACAAAGGGAGAUGGUUGGGUUUAUACAGAAAAUUAGAGCACAAAUUAUGACGCACAAAAAUUCUACGUGAACUCUGAUUUAGCACAGACUACAACUCUUAAGUGAUGUUAAGGCUAAAGAGGAAAAAACACAAAAACACAAUGAUCAAGCACAUAGAAAAAAGUAUUUCUGCACAUGUUUUUGAUGCCCCAUGAAAUGAAAAGGGAUUUGCUGUUUACAAAAGGAACCCACAAAAUCCUGUUUGCUGUGUUUCAAAACAAUACAGUGAUAUUAAAAAAAAUGGUGUUUCUAGGUUAAGAUUUACCUUGUAGUCCCUGAUACUGUCAAGGAGUAAUGGGAUAAUCAUUCUAAAACCUCACAUUUUUUGUCACGUCUAUGCUUGCAGAGGCCAAAAUGUACAGAUAAUUUAUUUUACUAUCCUCUUUAUGUUAUCCCCAGUUGCUACUCUGCAGUGUAUUUCUUGUUCAGAAUGACGGGUUAUUCAGAAUAUACCAGAGUUUCUUAAGAAGCCAUUGUAACUUCUGGUUGAACUGCCAUCCUCCCCAGGAGACAAUCAUCGUAGUCAAAUAAUAAGUAGGACGCCAUUUUUGUAUAAGUGUUACUCAUCCGUGAAUCAUCUAAGCUUCCCUUGUGUUGAAUACGUGAACAUUAUUUUUCUUAUCGCAAUAUUCAAAAGCCAUGGUGUUAGGGAUUUAAAGACUAUAUUUAUAUUUAGAUAUAUUUGCUGUCUAUGUUGUGUGUAUAUUUUAUUGAUGAACAGAGUAAUCAAUUUAAAAGGUGACCAGAUUCUAUUUUCAAUUAGUUUCAUGUGCAAUUGUGAAUCUGAUUUGAAUGUGGUGGCUACAUCAAGGUGAUUGAAGAUAUGGGUCCAAUCUUGUUGUAGAAUAAUCUCGCAUUACAUAGCCUUGUAAUGUGAGAGUAGCAAGCAUUCAUUUAUUUGUUUUGUUUCACUUGCUUCAGCUUCCUUGAACGUUUGUCCUGUUACGGUGAAAUGCUCCAGUCUUCAGACACCUCUGCUAUAGCCUCUGUCCUGAGAUUUUAGUUAGUUAGUAGUCAUGUUUAUUACAAAGAAAAUACAGAUUCGCUUUGCUUAUAAGUGCAUCAUGUAACCCCUUGUUGAAGAUGUCAAUUUGUGUAUGUCGUCAAACUCAGCUGAUCGAUUUUCCCCAAGCAAAGUAACAUUAUAUUAAUGUCUUAAACAUGACUAAACCCUUUUAAAAGGUAAAUGUGAGCUAACAUUGAAUGUGAAUACAAUUGCACUUUUUCACCUGAAAUCCCCAAAAUAUCGUUUUGAUUUGUUCGUUUUUAUGUAUACAUGGUCGUUAAGAUACUCAAGCAGUCUUUGAAAAAGCAAUAUCCUACAUGUACGUUUCAGGAGCUAACUGUACGCUAAACACACCUGAACAGACUGUACAACAAUCACCCUCAUAACUCUCGUAGCCAGACGAGGGUUGUAGCUCUUCUGUAUUAGUGCCGGAGUCUGAAUGUUUGGUGUGUGUGUGUGUGGGUGUGUGUGUACAUUAUCUGUGCAUGAAUGUGCCUAUUAGUUUCUGAGAUCCUUUAUCCUAUGGGGCGUGGGGUCUUACCAAACUGUGCUUUAAAGCACUGUCUGUAAGGGAGAGAUUCCCCUCAAGGUGUCUCCAGCAGUUGAAAAUAAAAUGAGUUUUGUCAGUCGU